AACUUGAACUAGACGCCAUAGCCGAACAAGAAGCUGCUUGUACUGUACGUUGACACCCUCUGCCACGUGUCAUCUGACCUUCCACUGACAAUCAGAUAAACCUCAUCAUCUCCGAUUCCCAUAUAUCCCUUGAAUUGCGUGAUUUUGUCCACCGAUCAAAUUCAAUCUCCUCCUCUAAUUAUUAUAUAAAAAAAAAUACAUACAUACAUACAUACAUAUACAUACAGUUAGGUUGCUUGGUUUGUUUGUUAUUGAACGAUGGAUCACGCUGCGGAUGCUAUGCAUACGGAUUUGAUGACGAUCACGAGGUUCGUGUUGAACGAGCAGUCAAAGUAUCCGGAGUCGCGUGGUGAUUUCAGUAUUUUGCUUAGUCACAUUGUUCUUGGUUGCAAGUUUGUUUGUGCUGCUGUUAAUAAGGCAGGUUUGGCAAAACUCAUUGGACUUGCUGGGGAGACCAAUGUGCAGGGAGAAGAACAGAAGAAACUGGAUGUUUUGUCGAAUGAAGUUUUUGUGAAGGCUUUGGUCAGCAGUGGCAGAACAUGCAUACUUGUUUCCGAAGAGGACGAGGAAGCGAUAAUCGUAGAACCAUCCAAGCGUGGAAAGUAUUGUGUUGUUUUCGACCCGUUGGAUGGAUCUUCCAACAUCGACUGUGGUGUUUCCAUAGGAACUAUUUUUGGGAUUUACAUGAUAAAAGACGCUGGUGCGGCCCGUUUAGAAGAUGUUCUUCAGCCCGGAAAGAAUAUGGUGGCCGCUGGAUACUGCAUGUACGGUAGCUCUUGCACGCUUGUGUUGAGCACUGGAUCGGGUGUGAAUGGAUUUACUCUUGAUCCGUCUUUAGGGGAGUUUAUACUCACCCACCCUGACAUUAAGAUUCCAAAGAAAGGAAAGAUUUAUUCGGUUAAUGAAGGAAAUGCUAAGAACUGGGAUGGUCCUACUGCAAAGUUUGUCGAAAAAUGCAAGUUCCCGAAGGAUGGUUCACCUGCAAAAUCUCUAAGAUAUAUUGGAAGUAUGGUUGCCGAUGUUCAUCGUACCUUACUUUACGGGGGUGUGUUUUUGUACCCUGCCGAUAAGAAAAGCCCGAAUGGAAAACUAAGGGUUCUCUAUGAAGUCUUCCCUAUGUCAUUCUUGAUGGAACAAGCGGGAGGACAGUCGUUUACCGGGAAAGAACGGGCUCUUGAUUUGGUCCCCAAGAAGAUACAUGAAAGAUCUCCAAUAUUCUUGGGAAGCUAUGAUGAUGUGGAAGAAAUCAAGGCUCUGUAUGCAGCUGAAGAAAAGGCAUAAAUAAGGUUGUUCUUGUGCAAAGUAUCCCUCUUUUUCUUUGUUCUAAAUCCAGUUUUUUUAUAACUUUUUUUUUGUUAUAAUUUGUUGUAUUUGAUAUGUGUCUAUUUAAUUGUCAUGUAAUAUUGUGAUUUUUAUUUUUAUAAUAAUGAAAUAAUAACCACCUUAUAAAAUAAACACUUUUCUC